UUAAAAUGCAAUCAACUGCAGAUUUAGUUACAGAUUCGGUAGCAGAUCUUAAUGCUAAAAGUGAAAAAUCUUUUAAGGAAAUGAAAUUUAAAGAAAAAGUGUCUUAUAUCCGCGAGGUGAUAACUGUGGAACCGAUUAUUUGCUCCUAUAUGAUGGCUGGACAUUUAUGCACACCCGCAAUAUUUAAUUUAGAACUGGAAAAAUCCUGUAGGUCUAAUUUGGAAUUUAAUGAUACUGUGUGUGAAACUGUAUUAAGUGGAGAAAUAGAGAAUAUAACUGAACAAAAUGGUAAAAUAAUAGAGGUGAUAAACAGUAUGCAUUCUUGGCAACAGCCAAUGCAGAGUGUAAUGCCUCUUAUUUUGAUACUCUUUCUGGGAUCGUACAGUGAUAGGCAUCGAUGGAGGAAACCUUUUUUGAUUAUGCCACUUUUGGGAGAAAUGAUCUCGGGCACUGGCUUAAUGUUUUGUGUAUUUUUUAUGAAAAAUUGGACUUUGGGUGUACAGGGUAUUUUUCAAUUAGUGAUACCUUCGAUUUUUGGUGGUCAGCCCAUGAUAACCAUGGCAGUUUAUGCGUACAUAGCAGAUGUUAGUACUAUUGAGAUGCGGACUUUAAGAGUUGGAAUAGUUCAAAUUAGUACCGCUAUGAUUGUUCCAGCAACUCAAAUAAUCGCUGCGCAUAUGCUUGAAUUAACAGGUUAUUAUGGAGUGUUUUUGACGGCUGUUUGUCUUUACAUCUUCGGAUUUCUUUACGGAUUAUAUUGGAUUAAAGAAGCCCAUGAACCUAUAAAAACUUCCGAAGUAGGAAUGCUGCGUGAUAUGUUCAACCCCAAACACGUCAUUGACACAUUUAAUUUGGUUUUAAAGAAGACUCCAGGAGCUAACAGAGAGUAUAUAAUUUUGAUGUUAAUAGUAGUAUUUAUUAUCAGUUUUGUGGGAACUGGAGAAAUAGGUGUAUUUUUCCUAUAUGCUCAUACUGAAUUCGGUUGGACUACUAUUGACAAUAGCUAUUUUUUAACUUUAAAUACUUUGGUACAGCUCAUAGGUACUGCCAUUGCCUUUCCCUUAUUUACAAAGGUGUUUCAUCUCACUGACCUGAUGAUAUUGUUUAUAACGUCUUUCGAUAAAAUUGUGUGCAAUUUUAUUUUUGGAUUUGCUAAUACCAGUUUUAUGUUGUAUGCAGGUGCAGUGAUGAGUGCAAUCAGAGGAGUAUCAUCAAUUGCAAUUUUAUCUCUAGAAACUAAGAUAGUAUCAGAAAAUGACUUGGGGAAAGCACAGUCCUUGUUUGGAAUUUGCGGAGCUCUUGCCCCUGCAGUGGCUAUACCAAUUUAUAGUAAAUUGAUUUAUGAUAAUACUUCGAAAACAUUUCCUGCAGCUUUCUUAUUUUUUGGGAUCCCUCUGAUAGCCAUCGUCAGUACUAUGAUUAUAUCGAUUUAUCUAAGAGAGAAACGUAGAAACAGAGUAGAACCAAGUCAAGAAACAGAACUAGAUACUAACGGCCAGCAAGUGGUACCCAUGGAAAACUUUGUGAAAACUUCUAACAUAUAAAAUAACAAUAACCC